CGCUGCCUGUUUUGUCACAGUAUUGCGCUGUGAUCUCCAACAGAUGUUUUUACUUACACACCACAUUUUUCCAUUUUUUUUCACUGCUAGGAAACUAGAAGGUGGUUCCUGACUGUAAGUCAUUACUGCUGCCCAGACUGCUAGAGACAGACUAAAGGUUGCAUGCAAAAAAAGGAUCUCUUUUUUUAGCGCUACAUCUAUUACAUUGGUUUUAUGUUUUGGACUGUUUCAAACAGCCUUCUUGAGAUGUCAUUACAUUGCAUGUUUACAAUGGAUUAUAAAGGCUGAGUCACAUCUCCCACCUCAGGAAACUGCCACAGGCCUAACGUUGUUGUAAACUCACAGCUCUUCGGUAUUAUUCUCAGUAAAGACCAAACAUGGCUGCUGCUGCACUCGUUACAGAGAACUUUAAGUUUGUGUCUCUCUUCUUCAAGAGUAAAGAUGUGAUGAUCUUCAAUGGUCUGAUUGCACUGGGGACUGUGGCCAGCCAGACAGCGUACAACGUUUUUGCCUUUGACUGUCCAUGUUCCUCUGGGAGGAACUAUCUCUACGGCUUGGCUGCCAUAGGUGUUCCAGCACUGGCAUUUUUCCUCAUAGGAAUAAUGCUGAACAAUAGCACUUGGGACCUGGUGUCUGAAUGUCGACUCAGAAAGUGCUGGAAGCUGUCUGGAGCCACCGCCUUUGCACUAGUAGGAACCAUCAUUGGUAGAGCUGUUGUGGCUCCACUGACAUGGGUGGUUAUCUCUUUGUUGCAGGGCCAGGCGUACACAUGUGCCCUCAGUGAAUUUGUUGACCCCAGUACACUGGAGGACUUCCCCUCAGGUCAGGAAUUAGAGGUCAUGGCAAAAUUCCCAUGUCAAGGAAGUGUUCCAAUGGAGCUACAGGGCUUCUGGGCUGAAAUUGAGCGUCGACUGAAAUAUGAAUCUCAGCUGAUAGGCUGGCUGCUAGUAGCAGGAAUGUCUCUGAUGGUGUUCCUGAUGCUGUGUAUGAAGCGCUGCUACUCUCCACUUGGCUACCAGCAGGAGGACUACUGGUCCCAGUACCGCUCUAAUGAGAAGAUCCUUUUCCAACGCACUGCAACUGUUCAUGCCCGCCUCCUGGCUGCAGAGAAUAUUAAGAGCUUCUUUGGCUUUGUGGCACUGGACAAGGAAGAGAGGGAGCAACUGGCUGAACACCAGAGUGCUAGUCCUAUCUGUAGCACUAACUGGAACAGAGUGACUGGUGUCUACCUCUACAGGGAGAAAAAUGGACUGCCUCUGUACAGCAGGCUCAACAAAUGGGCAACAUACAGUCUGGAGAAUAAUGUGGAAGCCAUGGAGAAAGAGAUGGACACUCUCAGCUGACAGCAUUCUUCAGUAAGGUGGCUCAGUGACUGUGAUCAUGAAGAUGUUGCUACGCUUCAAAGUGGUGGUGGACAGGAAAAAAGGAUCUACAGCACCCUCCCUCAACUCCCUAACCACCAAAUGAAGGAACUGUAUAUAUAUAUAUAUAUAUAUAUAUAUAUAUAUAUAUAUAUAUAUACACACAUUUUUUUGGACUUUGUAAGGUUAUCCAAAUAAAGAAAUAAAAUCAUGUCAAAAAUCGAAAUCAAAACAGAAGUACAUAUUCCAGAACACAACUAAAACAGACAUACACUAGGUCCAGUAUUCUUGAUAUGUUUACAUUGUUUGUUAACAGUCUAUGUUGUUGACAAGUCCAUCAGUUCUG